AUGGCCUACAAGGGCGCAUACAAUCCAGAUGCACUUCCAGCCUCUCCGUUUAUAGGCAUGCUGAGCCAGAGCAGCAUUGUCGUUAAUGUUCCUCUCCUCAUCUCCCAGGUAGCGCAAAUGCUAGGGGCAAUGUCCGCGAGACCGGAUCCAAACCAAGGGCGAGUCCCUGUUCCACCUCCAAAAAACGGACAACUCCCCCAACAUCACCGCGUAUCUCCGCAGUCACAGAUUUCCCCCCAAUCGCCUGCUGCACAACAUAACUUCCCACGACCAGGGCCUGGUGGUCCUCCCAGUACUGCACCGGGGCAAGUACCAGGGCCAUAUCAAAGAGGGGCUCCCAAUCCAAAUACCACCGGCAGGCUGUACUCUCCACCUCCUCAAAACUAUGGCUCAGGCCCCCGUCCCACACACCCUACCCAGAACUGGCCUCCGGCCACCUACCGCCCGCCACGAACCCCCCAACCCUCCGAGCCUGAAUCCAACGAUCCAAACGAUCUCUCCCACCUCUUCCAAGCCGCAAAUGCCUCUGGCUCUGGCGCACUCUCUGAAGGUGAAUUAGGCCCCGCGCUGGUAAAUGCAGACUACACUGCCUUCGACUCCAACACAGUAAAGAUGAUGAUCCAGAUGUUCGACAAGGAUGGGUCUGGCACCGUUGGUUACGACGAGUUCGUCGCGCUGUGGCGGUUCCUGGCUGCCUGGAGAGAGCUGUUUAUACGCUUCGAUGAGGAUCGCAGUGGUCGGAUCAGCUUGGCGGAAUUUAGCAAGGCUCUGGUUGCGUUUGGAUAUACGCUUAGCCCGCCAUUUGUGGGGAUGAUAUUUUCGAUAUUUGAGAGCCGUGGGAGGAGUAGGGUAGCUCCUGUUACUUGCCCGAAGGACGGGAUGAGCUUUGACCUGUUUGUGCAGGCGUGUAUUACGUUAAAACGAAUGACGGAUGUGUUUAAGAGAUAUGAUGAUGAUAGGGAUGGAUAUGUGACUUUGGGGUUUGAGGAGUUUUUGACUGGUUAG